GAUGAGUAUAUAACACAAAAAUUGUGUGUGUUCCAACAAAAGGAAAAAAUCUGUUUUGGUUAUGGGAGUUCUAUUCAACAUCAUUCUCUGUGCCCUAGCUAGCACUGUUGCUGGUCGAUACAACAGGUACUGUUAUACGAAAUGGAUGGACAGAGACAAUCCUUCGGGAAAUGGUGAUUACGAAAAUUUCUCACUUGUUUCAAGGACAACAGUUUGCCCCCAACCUGUCGGAAUUCAAUGUCAAACCACAACUGGAGCUCCCUACCAUAGCACAGGUGACGUUCUCUCAAUUGCUUGCGAGCCUCGACGUGGCUUAGCAUGCAUUAACAGUAAUCAAGGGACUACUGGGUCUGGGUGGUGGAGAAUUCAGAAGAAGUGCAAGGACUACAGAGUGAGGUACCUUUGCCCCGAGGGAAGCAUUCCAGACACCAGAGGCAUUGUUUGUAAUUACUUCUAUGAAACACCUUUCACGGACCGUGAUAAUCCAUCGGGUCGCUGUGACUGUGAGACAAUUAACCGCCCCCAAAAUUCUUGUCCUGGAGGAGCUGCACCGGCUGGAAUAAGGUGUAAUGAUGUGAGAACCAGUAGAGACUUUGCUGUGUUUGGGCAGAGGAUGACCUGUAAACCUGAUGAAGGAGGGUAUUGCUGGAACAGAGACAAUUCGGGAGGCUGUAGAGAUUACAAAGUGCAGUACAUAUGCCCUUAUUUGGGCCAAGCACAGCAAUUAUCUGAGGGGGAGACCCUGGAAGAAGACUUUGAAAGAGUGGUUGCCGCACACUCUGCUGAACAUACAAUGUGAACAUAACAAUUUAAUACGUAAAUGUAACUCGAGAGACGGAAAAAGUUUAGUACAGAGUUAUAAUUUAACGCUGAAAAAAUUAUUAUCGAUAAGAAACGUUUGUUAAACUGCCAUAGAAAUUAACUCGUUACUGCAUUCAUAGAAA